AAAAUCUGGAUCAUAGAAUUAUUAUUGCAUAAAACUCUAUCUUCCAACUUGGAUCUGAAUAAUCAAAAAUCGAUUUCUUCCAUUGUUGUCUCUCUCUCUCUCUCCCAAGCAAUUCGACGGUGGUUUAGCUGUGAGUUGUAACCGUAGAAAAAUCGAAGAUGGUGAAGGCCAAGACUCAACUUUUCACGGAACAAUAUUCGUUCGAUGAGAGACUGCAAGAAUCAAAAGACAUCAUCGCCAAAUAUCCUGAUCGAGUCCCUGUUGUUGCUGAAAGGUACACAAAAUCGGACCUUCCUGAGAUGGAGAAGAAGAAAUUCCUGGUCCCUCGUGACAUGUCAGUUGGCCAGUUUAUCCAUAUCCUGAACGGGCGGCUCCAUCUGGCUCCUGGGAAAGCUCUCUUUGUGUUUGUGAAGAAUACAUUACCACAAACAUCAAGCUUGAUAGAGAAUGUGUACGAUUCAUUCAAGGAUGAUGACGGUUUCCUCUACAUGUGCUACAGUAGCGAGAAAACAUUUGGCUAUGUUCAUAAUCCUCUCUGCCUUUGAGCUUUUGUCAACUAUUACUUCUCUUGUCACACACAAAUCAUGUAUGUAAAUUGUAAUUGUCAACCUCUGUAAAUUUCCAUGAACCGUAUGUGUUCUAUAUAUUAUUGAAUAAUAAAGGAAACAGUCUGAAUAUUUAUUAAA